UCGGCGCCGCCGCCGGCCCCGCCCCUUCCCGGCCUCCGCGCGCCGCUGCCGGAAGUGCCGGUCCCCGCCGGUGUCCCCGAGCGCCAUGGGGGACACCGGGGUGGCCUUGUCACACGCCCUGCUCUGUGUCACCAGCCUGGGCUGCGCCCUGCGAGCCAGACAGGUGACAGGUGGCCCGGCCGCCGGGUUCCUCCUGCAGGCCCUGGUGGCCGCCAGCGACGCGCUGUCCCCUCCGUCCCCUCCGAGUGUCCCCGACGUCCCCGAGCCGCCGCCGGGCUCCUGGAUCUGCUCCGUGCUGGCCCAACCCUUGGUGGCCUUCGGGUGCCACCGCCUCAGCGGGGACGCUGCCACCGCCAACCUCCUGCUGGCCUCGGGCGCCGCGGUGGCCGCGGUGGCCUCGUGGUGGCCGGCCGGUGGCCGCGGGCCGCCGGGUCACUUUGUCACCGCGCUGACGUCCGGCUCGGUGCUGGCGCUGGCGGCGCUGACCGGCAGCGUCACCGGCGCGGUGGCGGCGGCGCUGGUGGCGCUCGGGGACGCGGUGGCACCGUGGGGCGUCCCCUGGGUGAGGGUGGCGGCCAGCGUGGCGCUGCUGGGGACACUGCGGGAGCAGGGACGGGCGCUGCGGGGACACCGGUGAGGGCACGGUGGCACCCAGGUGGCACUGGGGUGGUGGCACCGAGAGGACACCAAUAAAGGCACGGUGGCACCCAGCGGGUGGCACCGCGGUGGCACUGGGGUGGCACUGGGGUGGUGGCACCGAGGGGACACCAAUAAAGGCAGAGUGGCACCUG